ACUGACGUUAAUAAACGUAUAUCUAUAUUGGUUAGCUCGGGUACCCAGACAAUCUAUACUUUAAUUUGUUUGAACACAAAUAGCUGAAGAUAUGGAAAAAAAUGACGUGUUGGAUGCUGUUGCUGGGAGCAAGGGAGAAACAUUAACAAAAACACCGAUUGCACCAAUUGCUAAUGAAACAGAAAGUAACUCUGGACAAGGUAGAAUAGCUGAGGAACAUUUGAACCAAGCAGCAUAUCCAAUUAGUUCUGGGAUUGCAGUUGUGAUCAAUAACAUUAACUUUGAUGACAGAUUGAACUUAACAGAUCGGAUAGGAGCUUCAUCUUUAUUUCAAAGAUUCAUGGAACUAGGUUUCGAUAGUGACCUGUUGAAUGAUGCAACAAAAAAUGAAAUGGAAACGAAAUUUAAUGAAAUUAGAGGAGACAAGGAAAGUCUGAAGAUCACAGACUGUCUGAUUGUAGUGUUGUUGACACAUGGUACUGAGGACAGUGUUUAUAUGACAGAUGGGGUUGUUAAGAUAAAAAAUGUGAUGGAAUACUUCAAUGCAACGAACUGUCCUGAACUUCAUCUGAAACCAAAAGUUUUCAUAUUACAGGCCUGUAGAGGAUCCGAUUUAGGGGGUGGUGUAGAAAGGAAAGUUAUAAGAAAUAGAGAUCCAAACCAGGCAGAUGCUUCUGCUUCAUAUGUGGAGUAUGACGAGGAAUUCGGUGAAACAAUACGUAUUCCGAAUGAAGCAGAUUUCCUAGCAGUGUAUUCUACUUCAACAGGUUAUGGAUCUUUUCGAAACACAGAGACAGGGUCACCAUUCAUACGUCACUUGUCAGAUGAGCUCCGAGAGAUGAAGAAAGGUGAAGACUUCUACAAACUAUUGACCAGAGUUAACAAAAAAGUUGGAAUGGGAUAUAAACCAAAACAUCCAAGCACUAGUGUUGUUACGCAGAUGCCUUGUUUCAUUUCACAUCUUACAAAGGAUUUGGUUUUCAUUCAGAAAGUUUAGUAAAUACAUUCACACCAUGAAUUAGUGCAAGAAGACAUCAACAUAGAAAUUUACAAUUUUUGAUAUACAUUUCAAUUGAGAAUUCAAUUUCAAGUUGACAGUUUCGAGAACUAGUAUAUACCACAUACGAACCAUGUGUUGAUCAAAUAUAUUUGCUUUGAAAAAUCCGAGUCCUUAACGAAAGUUGAAAUAUGCAUUGGCUAACCAUUGUUAACAAAUUCAAAUCUGCUUUUUUAAUUUGUACGGUUUAUGUAUAACACUUGAAUAUUUGGAUAAGGACACACAUAAUAAUGAAUCAAUUUACUAAAGACCAUUUUUCUAUAUAUCUUUCAAAAAAUGUCCCUGUUUAGAACAAACGUCUCUGCCAAAAGGGAAUAAGAGCUAUACAUGUAGUAUAUAAAAUAUAGUAUGUACAUUAUCCUGCAAAUUUGAAAGAAAAAUAGCAACAUGUAGCUUUUAAAAUGAUAAAAAAACUAAUUUAAAUGUACAAGUAAGGUACUAAUCAAGUUGUGGUCACCA